UGAAUUUUUUUUUAAGCUCUUUUGGGGCUUGACUGGUUAUGCAUGAUUGGUUUUUGCUGUGAUUUUUAUUAGAAUUUGGUUAGUUGGGUUCUGUGUAGAAAUUUUGGGGCUUCACCCAUGCUUGGUGUUAUUAUGUUCUUGCAGACCAAUAUGUGUGUGUUUAAACCUUCAUUGAAGGUGCUUUGGGUAUAUAGGUGAUUAUAAAUAGAAUGUAAUGUGAUGGUAUUGUGCUAUAUCAAUGUGCAGUUAUCAAUGUGAUGGUAUUGUUAUAGUGUAAAUAGAAUGCAAUGUGAUGGUUUGGAUGUUAUAUGUUUGUGGCUGAUUUUAUUUAUGGUGUAAUCAAUAGCAUACUUGUUUACAUAUCUCUUAGACUACAAUGUUUGUGAUUUUGUUAGAUGAAGAAAAAAACCAAAGCCGCAAUUCUUGCAUCAGUUGCAUCUGUCCUCCUUGUGGGGGUUGCAUUGUUAAAGAAAUUACGACGUAGACGUAGAGAUCUGCCUAGGGCGCCUUAUGUUAACCAUGCCGCCGAGAGAGAGGAAUACAUAAAUAGUGUUUUGCAUGGAAGUGAGAGACAUUGUGUGAAUCAACUUAGGAUGAAGCCUAUAACUUUCCACCACUUAUGUCACACCCUCACUGAGGGGGAGCACGUACGUCCGACUGUUCACAUGUCUGUUACGGAGCAAGUGUUCAUUUUCUUGCACAUUAUUGGUCAUAAUGUGAGGUUUCGUGUAAUGGGUGGUCGGAUCUAUAGAUCAACUGAGACUGUUCAUAGAUACUUCAAAGUUGUCCUUAGGGGGGUCCUGAAAUUAUAUAGAGCUCUAAUAAGACUGCGUAGCGAAGAUACACCUCCAGAGAUAAGGAAUAGCAGAAGGUUUUACCCAUAUUUUAAGGAUUGUGUUGGAGCAAUAGAUGGUACACAUGUUCGUGCAUCUGUGCCACCUGAAAUACAAGGAAGAUUUCGUGGUCGCAAAGAUGGAACCACGCAAAAUGUGUUAGCUGCCAUUAGUUUCGACUUAAAGUUCACUUAUGUGUUGGCUGGAUGGGAAGGCAGUGCACAUGAUUUACGUGUAUUAAAUGAUGCAUUUGCUAGGCCAGGGGGAUUUUCAAUUCCCAAUGGUAUUACACGAUUACUUCACCCUUUUGGUUUGUUAGUUUAAUAAAUAUUAUGUGUUUUCCUAAACAUAGUAGUGAUUUGGUUUUUUUUUUAAUAUAUGUAGGUAAAUUUUAUCUUGGUGAUGCUGGGUAUGGUAAUAAAA